AGCUCAGCCACGAGUCGUCAACGGAAGACGACCUUUUGAGCUGACUCCGUUGAGGGCGGUGACCCCCAAGCAGCCAUGGAUUUCCAGAACCGUGUCGGUCACAAGUUCGGCACAGCAGGUCCCGCUACAGAUCAGGAGAUUGCCGCAGACAGGCGUGAGCGACUACGAAAGCUUGCCCUGGAAACGAUCGAUCUCUCCAAGGAUCCAUACUUCUUGCGAAAUCACCUUGGCAGCUACGAGUGCAAAUUAUGCCUGACCCUUCACACCAAUGAAGGAAGUUACCUGGCGCACACCCAGGGCAAGAAGCAUCAGAUCAAUCUUGCUCGACGAGCAGCUCGAGAGAAGCAGGAUGCAACGAUUCAGCCUCAGCCGCAAACAUCUUCAGGUCCACGGAAGACAGUGAAGAUCGGAAGGCCAGGUUACCGAGUGACCAAGGAGAGAGAUCCAGACUCACAGCAGAAGGCCUUGCUUUUUGAGAUCGAAUAUCCUGAGGCUCUGGACAGGAUCAAGCCUCGAUAUCGCUUCAUGUCUGCCUACGAGCAGAAGGUCGAGCCGCCAGAGUCGAAGUUCCAGUACCUGCUCACCGCAUGCGAGCCCUACGAAACCAUCGCCUUCAAGGUGCCCAACAUGGAGAUCGACAAGAACGAAAACAAGUUCUUCACUAGCUGGGAUCCACAAAGGAAGGUCUUUACAAUGCAGAUCUUCUUCAAAGAUCGGGAGGAGAAAGAGCUGCCAGCUUUGCCCCAGAGACCAGGAACAACGAACUUGGCAUUUCAUGGUGGUGGCGGCUUCACCCGCUAAGAUCCGGCUGAGCACACGCGGAAACGGAGGUUUCUGCUUGCAGACGCAAGUCAUUCAAGUCAUCUAAGUUAUC